AGUUGUUUUGUUUACGUUUAUGCGACGCUUACUUUCAUUUUGUUGUUUAUUUUGUGAUUAAAACUUUAUAUUCAAUGUUUGCCGGUUCCCGCCUAAUCUAAGAGCACAUGUAAAGAUGAGUUCAUUCAUGUGGAGCAGCAUUUACUGUGAACUGGGCCGCUCUGAGAUGCUGAAAACCCUGGAUCAUGAGCUGUGUAAAAGAACACAGUGCUGCGCUUCAUUCUAAAACAUGCAGAGCAUACUGUAUAUUUAUUUAAUUAAAUCACAGCCUUUGCAAUUUGAUAAUCAGACUAAGCUAUAUCUCGAUUUCGUGAUUAAUUGUGCAAUCCCAAACAAUGCCUCUGUGAACGUAGCCUCAGAGAAUGAUUAUUUAGGGGAUUUGUUCAAUGCAGCUUUCAGUCUCGGACCUUGCAGUGUGCACGUGGCCCUUAUCAGACCCACUCUUCUCUUCAAGACCUCUCAGUUCUCCAGUCAUUUCGCAAGCAUCUCAUACUCCCUUUCUUUCUUUUCCUCUCUCUCUUUCUCUCAUUUCCCUUAUCAUUACGCUGUCAGUCGGAUGUGCGGUGUUUGGUGCAGCAGCUGUUUUCUGUCACCAGGCCUAUUAAUAGGAGUCACAGCCUUCACAGGCACUUUAGUAUAUUGUGUCAGUGUGAAGGAGCAAUGACUCGAUGAGUUACAAGCGUUUAGGUGAGAACCCAAAACCCUUUCUUGCAGCGGGGGUUGUGAAUGACUUGCCUCUAUAGCCAUGCACAUGCAGUCGAAAUCUAUAGUGGUUGCAUUUAUGUCAUGCAUUAAUAAUUACGUUGCCUAUUUAAUAGGAAAUUCUCCUGACUAUAAUCGCUGUCUUUCAAAGGCUGGUCUGCACCUGUUUCAUACAGCGAUUCUCUGUGGUUCAUUCAAAGGAAACCUUCAAGAAUGUAACUGCCCCUUUAAGACUGCCUGUGUCUCAUCUCGCCUUAUUUGGACAUACAUCCUGUCAGGUGACAAGAGUGCAGUCACAUGGGCUGCUAUGAGAAUGCACAGAAAUUCCAGAAAUUUUCUAUAGAUACCUUCGAUGUGAGAGAAUAUGUGGGGGUUGUGAGGCCAGCUGGGGGGGUUUAUAUAAUGUGGGAAUGCAGAAACUGACAAUAAGGUUGUCAGAUAUGAGAUAUGCUGUGUGUAAUAAAGUAGAAUCCUUUUGUAAAACCAUCUCACAAUCAUUCUCAUUUAUUUCAUAAAUCAACAAUAGGCUUCCUUCCAAUUUCUCAAGAGUAGGUCAGGAUGGAUUUCGUUCUCCAGGAAAGAUGUGCCAAUUUACUGAGACAGUAUAGAAUUAUAUAUAAUAUGUCCAAAUCUAUAUUUUAAACUAAGAAUACUCUGAAUUCUUAGUCAAAGAGCAAUCCAAAUCAUCAAGCAGAUAGAGGGUGCAUUCUUAAAUUGUCUCUUUUUUUAACCAUCCAUCUGUAGUAAUGUUCUUCAUUCAGCCUGGGAGGAUUCAUCUGUCUCUACCAUCACACACUCUCUCAUUAUGUGGUCGUUUGCAAGAGAGAAUAAGGCUGCAGAUAGAAAUGACUACAGUUUUAAAUGCAUAAAUCAGCCAUAAUAAAACAUGCUAUACCAGCUUUAAAUCUAAUAAUAUUUAUAGCGCAGCUCUGCACUGGAUUUACAUUUGCAGAUUUAAUUAUUGUAGCAAGAACAUCUUAGAUGACAUUUAAGAGUCGCUUAAAUGUUACUCGCAACGCAUGGCCCCUUUACAUGCAUUAAACUAUAAGCAUUUUUGGCAGCAGUUGUGGUUCAAGGUUCUGAUCAUCCUUUGUGGUGAGUGUACUGACAUUCUAGCUAAUAUUGACAGGCUUGGCCAUUGAUUGGCUGUGAAUGUUUUUUUUUAAGAUUUGAUAUUAUGUAAUUCUUUAAGGAGCAGCAUUUUCCCCUAGAGGUACUAGAAACGCCCACAUGCACUCACACUCUGGAAGCUACCGACACAAACACAUGGCAUAAUGCAAGCAUGUAAUGCAUGCAUAUAAGCACGCUCUGCUUCCCUGCCUUCCGCUUUCCUCUUCAUCUUUGGCCAGCUACAUUAAAAAUUCCUCUAUGGAGACCUUGUAAGUCUGCAUCCUAUAGAAGAAUAAGCUGUAGACAAGGGAAGCAGAGGGAACAGGGUGGUCGCAACAUGUGCCCAGUCAUGUGUGCUGUGAUGAAUAUGCUUGCAUUGCCUUUUUUCAGCCACCAAGCACCACCCGUAUGCUUCCCAUUGACUUUUUGGCAUUUUGAUCUCUGAUUGGCCUUCCUCUUGAAAAUCGGAAAGUUUGCCGGAAUGGUAUAGCAUGGUAAUGAAGUGAGUUACCGUUGCAUAUAAUAAAGUGUGGCUGAGCCUGCUGUUUGUGCCUCCUGGUGGGGUUGGAAUAGAAUAGUGUGCAGUGCCUAUUAGAACUGACUCAGCCACAAAAACAAGCAAAUUCACACAUGCAUAAACAGAGAAAAACACACACAAAUGUCCAUGCGUGCAAAUAGUCACAUUAGAAAACACUAUCGUUCAUACUCAAGCACAUUUUGAAAUGGCAUAACAGUCUAAAAGGCCAACGUCGGUUUUGAUUCAGCUAUUGUGUAAUAUCAGUAACCCUUUCAAAAUCCUCAAACGUUGGGUCACCUGGGUACCUUGUAAUCAAAUUAAUAUGUUUUUUUUUUAAUGCUGAGGCAAUACCUUUAGGUAUGCAGAUCUUCAUUUCCACUGUCGAUAAAUUCAGUAAUAUCUCCUCUAUAUUUAAAGAAACAAACAUAACAGGAAACUGUGUAACUCAUUAGUCAACAUUCUGUAGCUACCAAUGUUUUCAAUAAGCAACUUUCUAAAAUGGUGCAGUUAAUUUGAUGAAUGAAUUUCUGGAUUUAUUACUAUACUAUAAAAAUACACAUUCCGAUUGAAGAAACUUUUUUUUUUUAAAGUUUUUUUUUUUAUUAACAUUUCAUUGAAAUGAAACAUUUUAAAUCAGCCAAAGAGAAUAUUUUUACUUUUAUAAGUGAUAACCGAAUCACUGCACCUUAAAGAUGAAUAACAAAUCAUCAAAAGAUAACAAAACUCUACAGAGCAAAUCUUAACAGGAGAUAAAAGCGAAAACCAAUGUCUCUUUCAAGUAAAGUCUGUUCACUCAGCGGCCAUAUUUGCAACGCCUCUAUUUCGGGCAUCCAAGACCAAGUCCUGUCUACUUGAAUCUCAAAAAAUGGUUGCCACACUCACAUUUAAAUAACAUGUUUAAAAUCAACAAAAAAUCUGACAUGAACUGUUGAAUAAAUGGUGUUUCUUAUUCUCAAAAAGCAUUAUAAAGCUUAUAAUGUGCAGUCCUAAGCAAUCAUCUCAGGACACUGACUGUUCUCUAGCAACCAGAGCUUCUAAUGGCAGCUGCAAUGAUGCAUUGACAUUACCAAUUGGCGACUGGCUCUUUUAUUUGUAGGGUAGUAUUUAUUCUGCCAUGUUGCAUGUUGCACUUUUUCCCAUUCAUAAGUACUAUGAGUGCUUGAAAAUAUGGAGCACAAUUUUUCAGAUUUGGCUAUAUCAAGUUAAAAAUAUGAAUGUAUUUUUGCAGAAUAUAGCUGUUAGACAGCUAGCAAUCAUAAUGUAUGUCAUAAUCAAAUGUUAUCAUUAUUUUGAUUUAUUUUAUUCUUUGAAGUCUAAUCUGCUUCUGUCUUUGAUGUAUACACUAUUUCUUGGAGUUCAUCAUCAAGCAUUUUAAAUUUUUUCAAAGCUAGUUUAAAUUGCGUGGUUUAGUUUAUCUCACAGUUGAUUGACAAAUGAACUUAAUACACAAAUAAAUGAAAACCGUCAGACCCUUAUGUACUGUAGCCCGUCUCCGGUAUAAACCCUCAAGUCAGGUCUUUAGUCUUUCUUACAGUGAAACCGUGGAGCUGAAUAACGUGCUCUCUGCAUCUCCAUUCGUGUUUUGUGUGCUGGCUGAUUUUCAAGUGCGCUGGCCCUUUAAGAGCAGUCACUUAAGCAGUCAGUCCUGUGUUGGUACUGCUGCUGAUGGCUGUGCUGUGAGUUGAUUGGCUGUGGCUGUCAGGGCUGAGGUGCUGGAGGGAUGCUGCUACGCAUCUCUCUCUCUCUCUCUCUCUCUCUCUCUCUCUCUCUCUCUCUCCCUUCCUCCCUCCCUCUCUCUUUCGCUUGCUUGCAUCCCUUCGUAUAAUCCACAUCUAGGGCAAGCAGGCUGAGAGUCAAUCCAGUGCUCAGCUCCUCUCUGCAGGCUGGGAAAAGAGUAAGAGAAAGAAGGCAAGAAAACGCUUCCCAAGGCAGGAGGAAACGCAGAAGGAAGAAAUCUGGCAAGCAGAGACAUACAAAGGAAGAUCUGAUCACGGAUAUCAUUUAUAUAUAGAGAAAUUGUUUAUAUAUAUAUAUAUAUAUAUAUAUUUGUACACACGCAUAUCAAUAUUUAUAGAAAUAUAUAUGUAUACAUAUAUACCUGUAUAUAACUGUAUUUGUGCUUGUCUGUUUAUAUUGAUAUUUUUAUAUGUAUUCGUGUGUGUGUAAAUAUAUACAUAUAUAAACAAAUGAAUAUAUAUAUCUAUGAAUUUAUAUACAUAUCACUGUGAACCAACAGAAGCAGGAAGAGAACUCGACCAUCGGGGCUGGUCUCUGAUUCCGAGAUCAUACACACUAUUUUUAGCAUUAUUUUUCCAAACCUUUUGCAUCGACCGGAGGAAGACUACCAAGCUUUUUCUAUUUUUCAUCGCCCUGUUGCUACCUCCUCAUCUCUUUUUCUGGAUCAGGAGGAACAAAGAGGAGGAUAACAGGGUUCGUGAAGAUUCCUGCCAUUUGUGCUACCGUUCCGUGAGCCGAGUGGCACUGCGCGCUGUAUUUGAUCUAAGCAGGCAGCAGCAGCAGCAGUGAGAUAGAAAGAGACAGAGAGCGCCGCACCGUGUGAACUAGCCAGCAUGCACAAACAUCAUCACUGCUGCAAGUGCCCAGAAUGCUAUGAAGUGACCCGCAUGGCCGCCCUGCGCAGGAUGGAUGCCCCGGCAUAUGGAGACUGGCAGCCCGAACCCUACGGAUACCCGGCUGGCUAUGGGGGCGGCCAGACCUUACCGCCCCAAACCUCGGGUGGAGGAGGGGGAAUGGGUGGAGGGGGCACUUUGGGGAGAAGUAAAGGGAAAAUGAUGUCAGCUGGGGGUCCUGGAGGUCCCAACCCCAAGAACCAAUCCAAGGGCGGCCCCAAGGUGAAUGGUAACAACUCAGGAGGGCAAGGAGGAUGGUGGCCCGAGUGCACCUGUUCCAACCGGGACUGGUACGACCAGGCAAACCCUCCCCCCAUCAUUGUGAACGCAGACUCACUGGAUGCAGGCCCUUAUGUGAAUGGGAGUGAUGGCAUGUAUAAAUAUGAAGAAAUCAUUCUGGAGAGGGGCAACUCUGGCCUUGGGUUCAGCAUUGCUGGAGGUGUGGAUAAUCCACAUAUUCCUGAUGAUCCAGGAAUCUUCAUCACAAAGAUCAUCCCAGGAGGUGCCGCUGCCAUGGACGGGAGACUAGGGGUAAAUGACUGUGUUCUGCGGGUGAAUGAUGUGGACGUGUCAGAGGUUGUGCACAGCAAGGCAGUAGAGGCUUUGAAGGAGGCCGGCCCAGUGGUCAGGUUGCUGGUACGCAGAAGACAGGCUCCUCCGGAGACCAUUUUGGAGGUCAACCUACUCAAAGGGCCGAAAGGUCUUGGCUUCAGUAUUGCUGGAGGUAUAGGAAACCAGCACAUCCCGGGUGACAACAGUAUCUACAUCACAAAGAUCAUCGAGGGUGGAGCAGCACAGAAAGAUGGACGUCUACAGACAGGCGAUCGCCUACUAGCUGUGAAUAACAUUAUACUUCAGGAUGUGCGUCAUGAGGAGGCUGUGGCCGCCCUGAAGAAUACUUCAGACAUGGUCUAUCUGAAAGUGGCCAAGCCGGGACCAGUACAUCUCAACGACAUGUACGCCCCACCAGACUACUCCAGCAGUCUCGGCCUCCCUCCAGCCUUUCCCACCAUGGUAGACAACCACGUCGGACACAACUCUAGCAUGGCCUACAUGGGGGGCAUGGAGCCUAAACCAGUGUACCAGCCACCCCAGGUCACCCCCUCGAGGUACUCCCCAGUCCCACGGCACAUGCUGGGGGAGGAGGACUUCACCAGGGCCGAGCCCAUUUACAGUGCCAUCCACAAACCUCAUGGGGACACCAGCCCUCCCUCCCCCCAUCUGUGCAGCAGGGGGUCUGGGGACGUGGGUUGCAGCCCCGCCCCGCCUGCUCUGUGUCAAAGCCUGGUCCCGUACACCGGCAGGGAGCCGCGGAAGAUCCUUCUACACAAGGGUUCCACAGGUUUGGGAUUCAACAUCGUGGGCGGGGAGGACGGAGAGGGCAUCUUCGUGUCUUUCAUCUUGGCAGGAGGGCCAGCCGACCUGAGCGGAGAGCUGAGGAGAGGAGACCGCAUCCUGUCGGUGAAUGGUGUAAACCUGCGCAAUGCUACCCAUGAGCAGGCGGCUGCUGCGCUGAAGAGGGCUGGACAGACGGUGACCAUCAUUGCCCAGUACAGACCAGAAGAAUACAGUCGUUUUGAGUCCAAGAUCCACGACUUGAGGGAGCAAAUGAUGAACAGCAGCAUGAGCUCUGGCUCCGGCUCUCUCCGCACCAGUGAGAAACGCUCCCUCUACGUCAGGGCACUUUUUGACUAUGACAGGACCAGGGACAGUUGCCUCCCUAGCCAGGGUCUGAGUUUUUCCUAUGGGGACAUCCUGCAUGUCAUCAAUGCCUCCGAUGAUGAGUGGUGGCAGGCACGGCUGGUUACACCCCAUGGGGAGAGUGAGCAAAUUGGGGUCAUACCAAGCAAGAAAAGGGUGGAAAAGAAAGAGCGUGCACGGUUAAAAACAGUCAAGUUCCACGCAAGGACGGGCAUGAUUGAGUCUAACAGGGAGAUAUUUGGCAGAAUGAACGACAUACGGCCAGUCAAAGUGAAGCGCAAAAAAAGCUUCAACCUGUCGCGCAAGUUCCCGUUUUACAAGAGCAAGGAGAAUAUAGUGCAGGAGUUGGUGGAGACCGAACAGUGCUUGACAUCCAACACCAGUGACAGCGAAAGCAGUUCCAAGGGUCAGGAAGACACAAUUCUAUCAUAUGAGCCAGUGAUUCGACAGGAGAUCCAUUACACAAGGCCUGUGAUUAUCCUGGGUCCAAUGAAGGACAGAGUAAACGAUGACUUGAUCUCGGAGUUUCCUCACAAGUUUGGAUCCUGCGUUCCACAUACAACUCGUCCUCGGCGAGAGAAUGAGAUGGACGGGCAGGACUACCACUUUGUGGCUUCAAGGGAGCAAAUGGAGAAGGAUAUUCAGGACAACAAAUUUAUCGAGGCCGGCCAGUUCAAUGAGAAUCUGUAUGGGACCAGCAUCCUGUCUGUUCGGGCAGUGGCUGAAAGGGGGAAACACUGUAUCCUGGAUGUGUCUGGGAAUGCCAUAAAGCGACUGCAGCAAGCACAGCUCUAUCCAAUCGCCAUUUUCAUCAAGCCAAAAUCUGUGGAGGCCCUAAUGGAAAUGAAUAAGAGGCAGACAUAUGAGCAAGCCAAUAAAGUCUUUGAUAAGGCAAUGAAGCUUGAACAAGAGUUUGGAGAGUAUUUCACAGCCAUAGUCCAGGGUGACUCACUAGAUGAGAUCUAUAAUAAAAUCAAGCUGAUCAUAGAGGAGCAGUCAGGCCCUUACAUCUGGAUCCCAUCCGCAGAGAAGCUCUGAGCUCGCCGACUCCACGGAGCCCCCCGCCUGACCCCUACGCCCACUUCCACCCGACACCUUUCCUUCCCUUUCACUGAUAUGUUUCAUAUCAAGUUUUAGUGUCAUCAUUAUGUUACCCUCAAAUGAAAAACGUCUUAUCACCAUUACUGUGACUGUGCACACCCCUGCAUGAGUUUCUCAGCAAUUCCAUUCAAGAUUGGAAAUGCCAUUCCUAAAGAAAUUUUUUGUCAUGUAAAACAAAAAAGGGAAACCUGAGCGAAUCCUUUCAUGCGUUUCGGACGGACUCGAUGAUGAUGAUGAUGAUGAUGAGAAUGUCUUACCGAAGCGACAACGGGGAGCCGGGGAGUCGGAGAUGGAGACACGAGCGGAAACCUUGUAUAUGUUCAUUCGGUUUCAUUGAAAAAGACUGUGCGAAUGCUGUGCGAGGUUUUCUACGAGGACUAGAUGCAGAUCAAGCCUGCUGAUGGUACCGUCACUGCUCCUGUUUAUAAGCGGAGAAACUUCAAAACUGAUGGUGAUCUUCAGUACUCACAAACCAGCUCGCAUUAUUCGAUCGGCUGCCUGGCCGUUCGUAUGGCGACACGGUCGGAGACAGAACAAAAUGGAAAACGGGGUUCGAGUCUAUACAUUUAUAUUACAGACAUCACACGGAAAAUAAAAAUCAGACGGAGAGAUUUUAUUACAUACUACGAAAUGAUACGGUACACAUUUUACACUUCACUAGAAUUGUCUACUUGGAGGGCUGUUAGAUUUCAUUUACUUGUCUUUGGGUUUUUGUGUUCUUUCUUUCUUGUGGUUUUAGCUGCUCUGUAUUAAAGAUGGGGGUAGAGAGGUGUAACUGGGCUCUCUGCAGAGCACCAAACUGCCUUACGAUGAAUAAACGCUUCUGUAAAAUUCCUGUCAAUCGUUGGGGGGAAUGACACUAUUCAACCUAUCAGUGCUUAGCGGGAGACUCGAUUCUAGUGCUAUUUGUGAGUUUCCCAUCAUCUUAUUGGAGGCCUAACUUGUGAGUGCAAUAGACUUAAGUGUCUUACCUCUGUGAAAUCCUUUUUUGCGAAUCUUUUGUUUGUCUUAAGCAAAAUCCAAUUUUGGCCACCAUUGGAGUUGUUGAAAAGCAGACAGCCCAUUUGCACUUCCUCUGCCUACCAUGACUAUAUUCUCUUCAGACUGAACGGUAACAAGGUACUGUCCUGUUAGCUGCCCUGGAUCGCAGCCUUAAAACGGGUAGAAUCAAGACAAUAAUUGUAUUGGAUGUCCUUCUUGAUAUUAAAGCGUUAGUGGAGCCUGAAAUUGACCGUUUUCCCCAGAACUCGACGAUGGUUUGAUUAAAUCUGUUCUUUGCUAUGACAGCUUUUAAACCAUUUUUUUUCUUCUUUAUUUCCGGGCUGAUGUUUACUCCACUGUGUUGAGCCUUGUGCUGGGGCGAGCUUGGCGAGCUCAGGAAUCUGAUGGAUAACUUUUUUUUUUUUUUUUUUUUUUUUUAAGGCGACAAAAGGGCCGCCGCAAUCAUGUUGUGAUCGAGUAGAACUCAAAGGGAUGAUUUCCUCUCCUCUAACUGAAUACCCAGACAUGCUGAUAUAUUAUACUUGUGUAUUCUAAAUAUUUAGUCCUUUUUUAUUUGAAAUACUUUGUAAGCACUAUGUCUGUGGUUGCCCUCGGGUUCAGCCGGAGAGAGCGGGAUCGGGAUGAAACGGGAUGGUGCUCAAGGAUACAGAAGUGCAGUACUUCCUUCGAUCUCUUUGCUCCCUCAAGAAGGCAAUUCUUUCUUUCUGUAUUGAGAAGUCUGGAUCCCGCGGAAAGCGAGGGAUGUUCCUGGGCCCACCCUCACCCCCUGCCCCGCAGGCAUUUUCUAAACAGGUGUGCUCACCUGCCAAGCGUCUCUGCGAAAUCAGCUGUCAUACCUGUGUCAAAACCAGAGUUCAGGGAAUAAUCGAAGGGAACAGAGCCAUUUAUAAACUGCUUACAGACUGUUUUAAUGGGUAUGAUAGCUGUAAAGUGUAAAUAUCCCCCCUCACUUGUGCUUCAUGCAUGUGUGAUUACAACUGGGACAAACAUGUUUUAUAAAUCACAAAUGUCAGGUAAGUAAACUUUGAAUUUAUUCUGAGAUUAAUUUCCAUACAAAUGUGCCGUAACGUUGGUAUUUCUCGAUAGAAAAAAAUAUCUACAGCUGCCUAUCAGAACAUUUUUUUUUUUUUUUUAGUGAGUCGGGAACCAGCUUCCCUACAAUACGGCCUGUCUACUUGUGAUAUCUUGUGGAACUUGUCUGAGUGUAUAGAUGAAAAACAAAUGUAAAAAUAUAUAUAAAAAGACAUGCAGACAGCAACCCGUAGAGUGAUAUUAAAGUAUACCAGGAGCAUAAAUUACUCAUUUAGCAUAGAUCUGGUCCUCCAAGGUGACUAGCGGGAAAGCAGCUGACCGUUCGCACCAUUGAUGCUGGUCAGCCGUGUUGGCGAAGCCCAAAGAAUUUGAAUUCAUUGUACUAUAUUGCUAAUGAAGUGGAUUGAAUCAGAGCAGCUCUGGCGUACUAAUGAGGUCUCUGCUCCGGCAGGCGUGAGCGUGAAACGGGGAGGGAAGGAAGGGGUCUGGUUUGUCUUUUUGAGUGAUUAUGAGUUUUUGAUGUGACGGCACACCUGUGCAGUAAGUGCUUGCAAAUAUGAACCCUUUGAUUGUAUAGUAGUGUCCUCCCCAUGAUUACAGGUGGUUCAACCUAUCAGGACACAAGGAAAACCGCUCUUUUAUAUCCUGGUCAGGAGGGAACACAGUCCUACCAAUUAUUCAUUUUUGUUUUCUUUUCUUUUUUCUUUUCUUUUUUGGACUGGACAAGAGUUUAUUUGUUUGGAAAUAAACUAUGUGACUCUGUUACGAUUUCAA